CAAAAGUGUCAAACCAAAACAAAACAGUUCUGUCAAAGAGGAACUUUGGAAGGUUGCAUGUGCUGAUUGUUGAGCGAACGCCGCCAAUCCAACUUUACGCAACACCCAAAACAUAAAGGCACCAACCCGAGCAGAAAGAAGGCAACAUGCGUCACGCCAAGUUUAUCGCCCGGACGGUGCUGGUGCAGAACAACAACAUCGAGGAGGCCUGCCGGGUGUUGAACCGGAUCCUGGGCAAAGAGGAAAUCUUCGACCAGUUCCGGCGCACGCGGUUCUACGAGAAGCCGUUCCAGACCCGGCGCCGUGUCAACUUUGAGCGCUGCAAGGCCAUCUACAACGAGGACAUGAACCGCAAGAUUCAGUUUGUGCUGCGGAAAAACCGGGUCGAUCCGUUUCCGGGGUGUCAGUAAGGUGGGUGUGUAUGUGAAGAGCGGAAAAUAAAAAGAGUUAUUAGUCGUAGCA